AACGGAAACAGCGUAAUUGCUCGGAAGUCAACUAUGUUUCCAAGUAUCGGCUUUACCAUCGCUUGAUCUCGACGUCUUUCAAUUAGAACUGUCAAUGUUGGAAUCAUUUUGGUUACAUAUGUUUUCGUGGUGAAUGUAAUUAAGAAUUGUUUUUGUUACGGAAGAAAAUUAUUUGUUUAUCAUCAUGUUUAAUCGAAUAACGAAAUCUCUGUUAACCAAAGAAAACAGGGAUCAUUUAAUGAGCACUCAUUUCUGGGGCCCGGUAUUCAACUGGAUGAUACCCAUAGCGACUAUAUCCGACACGCGAAAGCAUCCGAAAAUCAUUAGCGGCAAAAUGACUGUGGAACCGAAAAACACAGUGAAAGAAGAGGUGAGUCAAAUGAUAGGAGGGGUUGUGUCCCAGAAGGACGAAGGCGCCGAUGGAAUAUCAACAACAUCGCCGAGAAUCCUGAACAAAGAACGUUAUUCUUUCCUGUAUACUGCUUCCUUCGAGUGGAAAAGAUACAUCAACCUCUCUGUUGUAUAAAAAUGUGUUUAUGCGUUGCAUACGGAGAUAAGAAACACAGUUUUAAACAUUUUUCCAUGUCCAGUGACGUUGAUAAAACGUUGAUAAGAAUAUACCAACGUCUGUAAAACAGAAAAAGAAAAAAAGUAGACAGAGAUAAAGAUAAAAGAUAGAAAGCUAUUUUGAAUUUUCUAUUUUCUUCGAAUCGUUAAAAAAAAAUUAUUAUUUUUUCUAUUGUAUAUUAUAUUAUUUCUCUUCUCAUUACGAGAUAUAUUUAUUUUAAUGUGUCUCUCUAAAAUCUCUUUCUCUUAUGCCAUGUAAAAAUACACAUGUAAAUGAAGGAUGAAAAGCUUCUCGUGCAAGAAAUCGAGCGAUCCUUAAAAGAUCGAGAUUUAAGAAUCGACAUAAAGAAAAGUGGAAAUUUUCGACAUGUGCGAGGGAGAAAAGAGAGCUAAUAUACGAAGGUGGAGUACCGGAGGAAGAAUGGAGUUGACGGUGCGAAAAUCAUGAAGAGCGGAACCGGAAAUGAAGCUCAUCGUUAUACACUAUCCUGACAUCAAUGGGAGAAGUGUCUGAUUGAAGGACCGACCAUCACUUAUUCAAUGUACGAACAACGCAGCUUACGUGACAAUUUUUCUAAUGAAAUAUAAUUUGCAUUUAUUUAACAUCUCUAGUUUUACAUAACAAAAAAACAUUGAAGAGAAAAAGAUUUGUUUUAAAGUUUAAUAUAUAAUCAAUCUUGUAUAAAACGAUACAUGAUUGGAUGUAAAAGGAAAUUGGAUGUUUUGUGAUUUAUUACUUUCUUAUUCAAAUUUCUGACAGAUCUAUAAAAAAAUAUCGCCGCUAAUCUAUCUUAGCAUGCACUCUUCUUGCAAGUUAAGUGUGUUACUUACCGGAGGGAUGUGGGGAGGACUGAAGAGAUCGGAUUUUUCCGACGACGAGAAGUGCGCUAAGCGAGAGGACGAUCGAUGCCGAGGGUGCAAACGUCGAGGCACGAGCAUUUUCGCACGUGUUCACAGGCCUGUCUGUGCGAUUCCCGUAAUCCCGCGCGGCCCGCACUCGAGCUCGCGUUUCUCCCUGUAAAAAGGAAAGCGGAAUUGAAAUCGGCUUUCCGAAAUUGCGCGCCGUCCCGUAAGCAUCCCCAGGGAGGGAAAUGCAAACACGCCCUCGUCGAAUGUGUGGUCCAUCAAGGAAAAGGGAGAUGACAAAGGCGCAGAAUUCUGGAGCUGAGAAAGAAAGAGAGAGAGAGAGAUAAAGAGAGACAUUCAUGUCGUCACUCUCUCAGGAUCUGGGCAUUCGCAUCUAAAUCCAAAAUAAAUCCAAGAGAAGCAUCAGGAGCUUUAAGUUCCGACAAACGUACCGUUUGUACACGAUUGGUAAAGUGUGGGGAAAAAUAGUUUCUUUAAGAUCGGGAGAAAAGAAUUAGUUAUAUAAAAUAUCACACAAGAUUUGAUUUAAAGAAUUAAUGACGCUUUCAAUAUAGUUCUACAUUACGAUAUUAAAUACAAAUAAAUAAAUAAGAAUAUAUAUGUAUAAUAAAACAAAUAUAUGUAUAAUAACAGUAUUAAAAACAAUAGCAUUUGUUAUCUAAUGUUAUUACAUUAUUAAUUAUUAUUUCAUUAAAUUUUUUCGUUAUUUUGUGUAAUGA